CAAAUUAGCAGCAGAUCGACUAAGAUAAACCCAAAACUAACGCGUUUGGUUCAUCCUGCAAGAUCGUGAACUCUCCUGGCGUUUCCAGGGUUUGUAAACAAACGUUCAUGAUCAUCUGUUGCACACCGGUUGCAGAAAGUGGGAGUGUCUUAUAUCUUGACAUGGAAAACCUCUGAAUUGCUGGAUUACUCGUGUUUGGUUGGGAAAAUGUUUCAAAGUCCACCACCUAGUGAAACGCUGCCUGGAGAAGAUUAACAACAACUGAGCACACUUCUAGUUCUUUUAUCCUCAACAGUCAGUACCAAGGACAGACCACACCCCAUCAAGUAACCCUACGUUGGUGAUAACUUUGCAUUUUUGAAAGAUGUCCCACCCAAGCAUUGAUGGCACAGCCUUACCAGCAGAUGAUGAAGAACGGAAUGGAUGGCACAAGAAAAAACUGCUGCUGGAAAAACCUAGGGCCGAGGAAGUCAACAAAGAGCUGGAAAAUAAGUUCCGAGCCCUGAAAGGCAUCACCCUGUACGACAGUCCUGCCAGCCCCUGCAGCCGCCGUGUGCGUAUGGUUCUCAUCGACAAGGAAAUCCCAUACCAGACGGUGGAGGUUGAUCUGUUGAAAGGUGAGCAGAUCCAUCCAGCAUUCCUGAAACUCAACCCCAAUGGCAAGGUCCCUGUCCUCACCAUCUUCAACAUUGAGGGCCUUCCCAACUGUGUAUUGUACGAGUCUAAUGUCAUCACAGAGUUUCUGGACACUGUUAUCCCAAACGUCCACUAUGGCGAACAUGCACUGUACCCCACUGAUCCCUGGGAAAGGGCAAGGGUCAAGAUGUGGCAGGACUGGGAACUUGGUCUUACUGAUGAUUUUAGUCCGUACAUGUUGCAAAACAUGGUAGGCGUGGCACAGCGGGCUGCGUUUCCCUCACGAGACGCGCUGGAGGCGACCUUACAGGACGAUUUACCCGAGAAACAGCGAGAAAUGAUUUUACAGACAUACGAUGGAACCUAUCGUACAGAGGAGGAGCUAUCCCAUCAUGCAAUGGGCUGCUAUCAGAGCCUUCUUGAGUUGGAAAAGGCUUUAAAUGGACAAGACUAUCUGAUGGACUUCCUCUCCAUUGCUGAGAUCACCCUGUACCCACGGCUGCACCAGUUCGGCAGCGCCGGUCUACCCAUCCAGGGCAGUGUGUUCCCCAACAUCUCCCGUUACCUCGGCAACCUCUGGUAUAGGGGUGCUGUGAGGAAGAGUGAACCCAUGAAGCAGUGGGUUGAGCACCUAACCCUGUCCAUGGUGCCAGGUGUCCUGGUCAAGAUGGGGAACUUCCGCAGUGGCAAGAAGGUGAAGAGAUUCAGCGGAUCCACUGUCCUGUCCAGGGUGUUCCAGCUAGCGAGCCAGACAAGGACCAUGGAUCGGGAGAUGUUGAAGCGAGAGGGGGAGGUGCAGGAGGGAGAGUUCCUCGUCCAUCACUACUCCACUGCUGCUGAGCCACUACAGGUCCAGCUGCUGCUGAUGGAGAAGGGAGCCAAAUAUAGCACGAUGAAGCGCGGCUUUGUGGAGAUGAUUGGUCGUCCUCACGGGUCUGCCGGCCGUUUCCGGGUGCGGCAUGGCAACAGGAUCCUGACAGGAUCACGAGGGGUCCUGGAAUAUGUGGACUCUGUUACUGGAGUUGACUUGACGUUGCCGGCCCUGUACCCAAAGGACCCUCUGCUGAGAGCAAAGUGCCAGCAGUGGCAGGCCUGGGAACAAGACUUCUACUGUCAGGACAUGGUGUACCUGCUGGAGAGGAAGGUGGUCGCACAGAAGCUGCACGACAGGUAUGACAUGACAAAUCUGGACGAGCUGCUAGCACUUCAGAAUGACGUCCGCUUCCUGGCUACUUUUCUCCAUAUCAUGAAGCUUUACAUGUCAAGGGUGGUCCGUGGCACGGAAAUGUGGGAGAAGCUGGGUAAGACAUACGGGCACCUGGUAGAGGGGGACGCAGCGCGGGUGGGGAAUGUGGUCAUGUACAUGGAGCUCAUCAGGAAACGCCUGGAGUACCUGGACCAGUACCUCAAGAACAAGGACUAUCUGGUAGGAGACAUGCUAACCUUCGCUGACAUCUGUGUCUUCUGUCGUCUGCUGUUCCUCCCCGGGACAGGCGUCCACAUCUCUGAGAAACUCUACCCCAACCUGACCACGUGGAUGGGAGCUCUCCGUCAGCGAGAAAACUUCGGAAAGAUCGCAGAGGAAGUGGAAACAAAUCUUGGGAAAUUCUUCAUUCCCGAGGCUUCUUAAAAGAGUUAGAGAUCAGUAAAAGGAAGGAAGGAAGUAGAUAUUUCUUAUGUAUUUCUGAUUUUAACAUGUCUCGCCUGUUCAGUUCAUUUUAUAAAUGACCUGAUCUUUGGUAUAAGGUUAGCAAUGACAAUACAAAUGGGGAGCACUUCAGCAGAACAUACUGUGCCUGUGUGAAACUUGUAAUGUAUUGUAAUGUAUGGCGGAAGGUCUUGUUUGAGGUCAUAUUGCAUUGGUGCAUUUGAGGAGGACAUCAUGUCUGUAGUUUUCAAAUGUUGUGUAGAAUUCGGACUAAACAGUAUUGACCAAACAUCCAAUGAAACCUGUGAAAAAUCUGGGUGCAGUCACAGUACUUUCUUUAGCUGUGCUGAGAUGGGGAGUGGUAUAUUGAGCCCAUUUAGUAUUCUAUUGUUGCAUGAAGGGGUUAGAUUUGUAUAAUUCCAUUUUGGAGUGGGACAGUUGAUAUGGAACUGUCCAUUUUUGCAUGGGGAGGGGAAGCGAGUGAAAUAUGCUGCAUUUGCUUUCUAGUUAUAAAUUUUCAUGUUUGUUGUUGGUGUUUCUUACCUUGGAACUUCAUACUUGACUAGAAGGAAAAAUGGCUAUCAUGAAUGUUUUGCUAAAAUCACCUGCAACAUGUUUAUAGCAAUAUUUAUGACAUUAUAAUAUUGCCAUUAUUGUGGUUGAUAUAUGCUGCUAGGGUGAAUAUUUAUAAACUAAAGAAUGGGGUGCUGUUAUAAUAUAUUUCUUGAGGUGCCUUAUGACUAAAUCUUUGUGGCAGUUGUUCAUUUGAUGAUUUUCUGAUGUGAUAUUUGCAUGGUGAGUUGUGGAAAAUACUUUUAAGAGUAGUUUUGUCUGUACAUCGCUGCAAUUUGCAAUGCACAAUUUUAUCACAAUGCAUGUUUUUUUAUCACAGCAUUGCUUGAUUUUCUUAUCUGAAAAGUGGUUUCAGGCUGCUUUUACACAUAGCUAUUGAUUUAUAGUGAUAUUUAAUGAACUAAUAUGAUAUGAUAAAAUAAUAUCUGAAGCAAAUA